GAUUAGCGUUUUUCCAUACAGCCAUGCACGUGAUCUUCAUAAAGAACCCAUACUGCAAGCACCGUUCUUCGCUUUGCCCAUCCUCGUAAAACGACAAGAGCACAAUCGAGCGUAUGCUCUGGCCAAUGUCUUUUGCUGGGGUUGUCGAUUUUGAAGUCAACUACGACUUGCCGUUCAUGACCGUCGUGAGCAACUUCUAUAGCAACCUUAUCGAGAAGGAUUUGACAGUCCUUUGUUUUGAUGAAUCACAAGGCGUUUGUAAAAACACUCUUCAAGGCACGUAUAUCCUGCCGUCUUGGAGCGGUAUCUCUGGGGGUUCAUAUGCGCCACAGAAUAGAGUCAUUGCUCAAAGACCACGCCGAUACAGUCUCGAUCGACCGGAUCACUUUUCCAGAACGGCAUAGCUGCUGAUUAACAAGUGCGAUUAUCUUACUGUGACUCCUAAGCAGCGAGGACAAGAUGUCAACUCAAACUACAGUAGGUAGAUCUCACGUACUA